GUAAAAGUGCGCGGCGGCGCGUCUCCCCCGCUCCGCCUUCGUUGGAGAAGCGCAGAAGGCACAAAGCUGGCCUCGCACGCCUUGCACGCGUGUAAAUAUGAGACAAGUUGAAGUCACGUCACGGACUAACUAAAUGGGGCUUCUCCUACUGGGCCUGAUUCUCUGCUACUGGAUCACCGCUGUGGAGGGUUCAUGUUCAGCUAGUAGCGCUGUGACUUGUGAUGUGUGUCUCCAACUUGGUCCACACUGUGCCUGGUGUACACAGGAGAAUUUCACAAACUGGUUGUCAGUCAGCGAAAGAUGUAACACGCCAGAACGCUUGCUGGAGAAAGGAUGUGCAGCGAGCCUGUUGGAGUUUCCCGUUUCCGAGGGAGAAAUCCUCCGGGAUCAACCGCUUGGGAAGAAGAGUGGCAACAUGAACCUCACUCAGAUCUCGCCGCAGAAAAUGGCACUCAAGCUACGACCCGGCAGUCAGGUGACUUUCCAGGUGAAAAUCCAGCACACUGAAGACUACCCUGUGGACCUCUACUACCUGAUGGACUUGUCCGCAUCCAUGAUCGAUGAUCUGAACACGAUCAAGGACCUUGGCUCCACCCUAUCCAAGGAAAUGGCCAACCGCACCAGUAAAUUUCGGAUGGGCUUUGGUUCUUUUGUGGAAAAACCCGUUCUGCCCUUCAUCAAGAUCACAGAAGAAGAGCUCGCCAACCCUUGCAGCAGCGUCGAUGUGACCUGCUUACCGACAUUCGGCUACAAGCACGUCUUGUCCCUGACAAGCAACACGGACAAGUUCAACGAGAUGAUCUCGAUGCAGCGCGUGUCGGCAAACAUUGACCUCCCAGAGUGCGGCUUCGACGCCGUCAUGCAGGCAGCUGUUUGCGGGGGCAGGAUAGGUUGGAGGAAUGAUUCCAUGCGUUUGCUGGUGUUUGUCAGUGAUGCUGACUCACAUUUUGGGAUGGACAGUAAAAUGGCCGGCAUCGUCAUUCCCAACGACGGCCAGUGUCACCUGGACGAGAGUAACGAAUACUCCAUGUCCACGGAGCAGGAGUAUCCAAGCCUGGGCCAGCUGAUUGACAAAGUAGUGGAAAACAAUAUCUUAUUGAUAUUUGCCGUGACAGAAAAUCAGAAGCAAAACUAUGAAAACUAUGCAAAUCUCAUACCUGGUGCCACCGUAGGAGUCGUGGCCACAGAUUCUCGCAACAUCCUGGAACUGAUUUUAACGGCGUACAAAGAGCUCCGAUCAGAAAUUGAACUGGAGGUCCUUGGAGACACAGAAGAGCUAAGGAUGUCCUUUGCUGCUAUUUGUCCAAAUGGUACAUUCCUUCCGGACCUCAAACGGUGUUCUAACGUCAAACCUGGAGAGACGGUGCUGUUCAACGUGUCCGUCGAGCUUCCAGGAUGCCUGUCGGGACACAGACGCUUCUCCUUAAAGCCAGUGGGUCUGCAGGACACUUUGGACAUAGAAUUGGAGUCUAUAUGUUCCUGCGAGUGCCUGAGGCCUCCCGAAGCCGACAACAGCAGCCGGUGCGCGGAGGGCCAGGGGACUUUCCACUGUGGCGUGUGCGCGUGUCAGCCGGGCUUCUCGGGAGCGGAGUGCGAAUGCAAUGAGGAAAGUGCAUUGUUGACUAACUGCGCCGCAAACAACGAGAGCGACAUAUGCAGCGGUCAGGGGCAAUGCUACUGCGGGGAGUGUGUGUGUGACACAUCCAGCUUUGGUCACAUCUACGGACCUUACUGCGAGUGUGACAACUACUCAUGCGUUCGCUUCCGUGGGGAACUCUGUGGAGGCCACGGAGAGUGUGACUGCGGAGAGUGCCGCUGUCAAAGUGGUUGGACGGGGGAGCACUGUAACUGUAGCAGCAGCAGCGAGGCGUGCCUUUCCCAAGAUGGAGUCCUGUGCAGCGGCCGGGGCAAGUGCGAGUGUGGCCGGUGUGUCUGCUUGGUACCGGGAGCAUCGGGGGAUUUGUGUGAGAGGUGCCCCACGUGUGGCGAUGCCUGUUCUAUAGCAAGGACAUGUGUAGAGUGUCAUCUCCGAGCAAAAGAGGAUGCUGAGCUGUGUGAGCAAAACUGCAGUCUCCCCAAGAUUUACAUCAACACGACAGCAGAAGUGGACAAGAGCGCCUCGACGCGAUGCACAAUGAUGUCGGAAAAUGAGUGCUGGAUCUCGUUCGGUGUGCUCGGCGGGGACUCGACGACAGUCUACAAUCUUCACAUGUACGGUUGUCCCGAACCGCCCGACAUCCCCAUGAUCAUCCUGGGGGUCUCACUUUCCAUUGUGUGCAUCGGACUGAUCCUGCUGGCUGUUUGGAAAGUGCUGGUCUCAGUUCACGACCGUAAAGAGGUGGCCAAGUUUGAGGCUGAGAUGGCAAAGGCCAAAUGGCAGUCGGGGACCAACCCACUGUUCAGAAGCUCGACAUCUACCUUUAAAAAUGUUACGUACAAGAACAGAGAACGGGACAAGAUGAUUGCCAUGGAUCACUACUGACGAUGAGCUGGAGGCAACGCCGACCGGCAUCUGAGUGCACUUAGUCUUGGUUCGUGUGAGCGUACAGUAUGUGCGUGUAUGUGUGUUACGAUGGGAAUGUGAUAUUUCUAUGCUUUUUUUUUUUUUGUACUACUGCAUGAAACUCUGGAUUUGGUCCAGAGACGUGAGACGCAGAAUUACCGCCAAGCCUGUGAACAGACAUGAGUGUGUGUCGCAACAUUUGCUGCUGUUUAACUGCAGUUUGCCUGCAGGUGCAAAUGCACACCGAGCUCUGCCGUCUGUUGUCGUCGACAUGGCAACACGCAGCUGAGAGAGAGAACGCCAAACAUGUUUGAGUGGUCGACUACUGAAAAAAAAAAAUGUCAUGCCAUGUCAUGUUCAUCCAAUGAAUGUAAACGUCAAGUUUAUGAUUUUCGCUUAUUGUAAAUUAAAACUGAGCCUUCAGUGUUGAUAAUAAAAUGCAAUGGUGUGGCCCAA